AGAAUUCGCACACACACACACGCACAGGCCUUUCCUUCACACCAACACGCAUCACCGGUUUGCACCUUCUCUUCUUUUUCCUUCAAGGAAGCAGCUCCAGCUCUCUUGACCUCCUAUAUAAAUAAAUGCCGCAAACUGAACUCACGGCGGCAACGGCGGCGGUCAGCACCUGCGAGGACUGCGAUAAAUGUUGUUGCUGUCGAACGCAUGAGGCGCACGUGGCGAAGCUCGAGACCGAGAACCACCUGCUGAAGCAACGGCUGUCGGAGAUGGAGAUGAUGCACGCCAUUAGUGCCGCCAAGAUCCACGGCAGCCGCACGGUGCUGACGGCCCUCGAGGAGGAGCGCCAGUAUCUGGAGCAGGCGAUGCUGCCCGUCAGCUACAAGUUCCCGAAAGGGGCAGACUACAGCGAGCUGCCGACGUACCCGAAGCGGCCGCACUUCGACACCGCCGCGAAGCACCCGAGCACGCAGGUGGUGAUCUUCGACGGCUGCCCGAACGACCCCUACCACCCAAGCUCGAUGCCGAUCUACCAAACCGCGACCUUCGUGCAGCCCGACAUCGAGGAGUUCGGCCCUUACGACUACAGCCGCAGCGGCAACCCAACCCGCACCGCCAUCGAGACCCUGGUCGCCAACCUCGAAGGCGCCCACGCGGCCUUCGCCUUCUCGUCCGGCAUGGCAGCUCUGCAGACCCUCGUGACGACGCUGAGCGCCGGGGAUGUGAUUCUCGCGAGCAGUGACCUCUACGGUGGUAUGCACCGCCUCCUUACGCAGGUCACCUCCCGUCUCGGCAUCACCGUCGUCUUUGUCCCCACAUGGGACAUCGAUGCAGUGCGCCAGGGCCUCGAGGAGAACCCGUCCGCGAAGCUGCUGCACCUGGAAAGCCCAACGAACCCGCUGAUGCGCAUUGUGAACAUCCGCGCCGUCUGCGAGCUCGCCCACCAGCACGACGUGAAGGUGUCCAUCGACAACACGAUGAUGUCGCCGGUGCGCUGCACCCCGCUCGCCCUCGGCUGCGACUACUCGAUCCACAGCGCGACCAAGUUUCUGUGCGGCCACAGCGACGUGAUGUGCGGCAUCGUCUGCGUAAAGUCGGAGGAGGACGUGAAGCGGAUUGCAUUCCUGCAGAACGCGCAGGGCAAUGCGCUGGCGCCGUUUGAUUGCUGGCUGCUGCUGCGCGGUAUUCGCACGCUGUCGAUUCGGGUGGCGAAGCAGGAGUUGAACGCCGUCGCGGUGGCCCUCUUCCUCUCCCGCCAGAAGCACGUCGUCUCGCGCCUGCAUUACUCCGGCAUCAACCCGGCCACGUGCCCCGAGGUGUCGUCCCUGACGCAGGAGAACUUCUACCUGCACCGCUCGCAGACCUCCGGCCCCGGCAGCGUCUUGUCCAUCGAAACCAGCAGCGUGAAGCGCUCCAACGCGUUUGUGCGGGCCUGCAAGCUCUUCAAGCUCACGGUCAGCUUUGGCGGCUGCAACUCGCUGGUGGAGAUGCCGUGUCUGCUGUCGCACGCCUCCAUCCCCAAGGAGAAGCGCACACUGCCGGCGGAUCUGAUUCGUUUGUCGGUGGGCAUUGAACAGAUCGAAGACAUCCUUGCGGACCUCACGCAGGCCAUCGCUGCAGCAGCGCAGGUGUCCAGCGGCAGCGACGACUCCUCGUGA